AUGGGAAAUCCCUACUUUGACCCAGAAUACCAGCCGUACACGCCUUCGGUGCUGAUUGGGACGUCCGUCCUGUUCAUGAUACUCCCCAUUGCCGCUGUGGCCUUGAGGUUCUACUCACGGUCGUUGGUGCAGGCGAACUUGGCAAUCGAUGACUGGAUUACCAUUCCGUCGGCCAUUAUUUGCAUAGGGCUGGCAGUGAACCAAAUCAUUGCGGUGGUUUACGGCGGACUCGGCGGCCACCAGGAGCUUGUCGACGGCCAACUCGCCCACACCGAGCAACUCUACGCGUACGAGAAGACCAAGUACACGUACCACGUCCUCGGAACGCUGGGUCUCUGGGUCAUCAAACUGUCGGUCCUUCUCUUCUACCGCCGAAUCUUCCAAGUUCGCAUCUUCCGCAUCGUCAACGAUGUCUUCAUUGGCCUCACGAUCGCUUGGGGACUGGCAUUCACGUUCGCCGUCGCGUUCCAAUGCUGGCCCCCGCAAAUGUUCUGGGAGGCUUUCGAAUCCGAGUACCCUCUAUACUGCGUCAAUGUCAAGUCGUUCUACCUCGCGGUGGCUGUGUCCGACCUGAUCCUGGAUAUUAUGAUCUUUGUCCUGCCUCUGCCGCAUCUGGCGACACUGAAGAUGCCAUGGCGGAGAAAGUUGGCUGUUGGUGGCAUUUUCUUUCUUGGUUCCAUCGUUGUCGCCAUUGGCAUUGUGCGCCUCAUCAUUUUCCAGUGGGUCAUCGAGCUCAUGGAUACCGACCCUAUGAUCUUCGUCAUGGACGCGACUUGGUACUCGGCCGGUGUGCUCUUCUGGCAUUUGGCAGAGAACGUUGUCGGUCUGAUCGGUUGCUGCCUGCCAACUUACAGGCCUUUCUUUAAGCGAUUCUUGCCCAAGCUCCGUCUGGGUUCGUCCAACAGAUCGACCCCCGCCUCCAAAUUCAACUCAAUGAAGAGUAAAAGCUCCGAGUACCAGCGCCAGCACGACGAUGACUGGCCGCUCAGCCGCGCUGCUGGAGCAUCAGGGGGGUCUUCGAGCUCUAGCACCGGUGACGAAGAGCAUGCACUUGGGAACCUUCCGAGAGACGGCAUCCUUGUGUCAAAGGAGUUUGGGACGGAUUCUACGAUUAUCAAUGAUGGGCAACCACGGGCGCUUUGA